AUGGUGCGAGUAGCUACUAUUCAUCCUCAGAUAGAUUUUGGGAUUUCGAUUAUAUCUCAGCUCGUUGCUAUGGUUGAAGAGCUGACUGAAGUAAUGAAAAAGUUUGCUUUAAGUAAUGAAGAGUGUAGUAUCACAAAUUUGGAUGUAGGAGACUCUAGCCUAAGCAAAAAAGAGUGCUUGUUAAGUCUGAUGGGGAAAGUUAGGAGUGAAAGGGUAGCCAAUUUCACGGGAGUUAAAAACUUUGUCAGUAAUGCUUGGGGCUAUCCGAAGGAUCUAAAAGUGACAAAGCUGGGACCUAACUUGUUCCAGUUCAUAAUCCCAGAUGAGGAAGAUCAGGAUAGAGUUGUCAGUGGGGAUCCAUGGGUUAUGGAUAACCAACUGCUAAUCCUAGAAAAAUGGUAUGAAGGAAUUGAGGAUGAUCAGAAUGCCUUCAUAAGUCCUAUGUGGGUGCAAAUGUGGAAUCUACCAAUCCAUUGGAUAUCAAAAGAAGUGGGAAAAAAGAUCUAUAUUCCAUGGAGUGAGGGAGACCAUUAUUCCUCAAACUGGAGACAAAGAAGGAAGACACCUUAA